AUGAAAUCAAAUCACUACAGACCCCGGAUUACCUGGUGGAUGCGUCUCAACCGUUUCAUCUAUACUUUCGAGUCGCCGCUUUGUCUUCGUGGGAGCCUGACGCGUCUUCGUCACCGACACAGCUAUCCGCUUCUUGCUCUGCUCCGGCUUUUUCUACCUCUGCCGACAUGGCACUUCUCUCUCCCCAACCCUGUUCCUUUCAUGGUCAUGAGGGAUAAUUUCGGGCUUUUUAGGACUCGAGCGAGUUCUGCAGACCUGGUCAACAUGCGUUCUAUCCCUGUAUGGCGAGCCAGAGACACUCCUAUUCGAUCCAUUUACCGGAUCUAUGAAGCAAUGGCCGCGCGCGAAUAUGUAGCCAUAGGCCCAGAGGUGGAGUACUUUUGGUACCAAGCACGGCACUCAUGGUCGGUCCACUGCAUACCAGAUCCCUGUGAUCACGAUCCUAUACGGUAUGCUAUCCUUGCCUGUAUCGCAGAAGAGCUUGCGGAUGCGUUCAACUGGCGGCUGAGUCAAGGAUUGCGUCGUGAUGGCAAACAUAUCUACCGCGAGACACUCGACGAUGUUUUACCAAACUACACACCAGAAACUGCCCCUUCUUGGACUAGGAAGGUGCCUCCAAUUGACGUCAACUUGAUUGAAGGUUUACCAGAUGAUGUGCUAGACUCGUCGGGCAAGCUGAUACUUGAACAAGGUGGGCAGAAUCUUGUGUUUGCGGAGAGAAAUAUUGUCACAAAUACUGGUUACUUUCGAACCAUCUAG